UGAAAAGAGAUGCUCAAUGAAUUUUGAGAUAACAGAUAAUUUUCCAUGAAACGCAUCAAUUUCUACUUACUACGUGUAAUUCACGGGAGCACGAUUUCACGCUGCUCUAGACGCUCGGUGCGUUGUCAUUCUCUAUUAAUGCGACCGCGAGAAUACCAGCGCAAACAGUUCGCUAAGAGCGCUAUGAUAGUGUGAACCACGGUGAGGAUUCGGUGGCACAAAGUUUGUUUACAAACUACUUAUAAAUGGUGCUUAUAAGUGACCUACGUGUAGUUUAUUGACCAAGUAUUUUUCUCUUAUGCAAAGUCCAUAGCUAUAAAAAUUAAUUUGCGGAGGCAGGGACUUUUAAUUUUCAGCUGACCAAUAGGAGCAGUGCAGUUUGACCCAUCUAAAGCGAAGUGAUUUCUCCGUCAAUAGACCGGUAUACUAAAGACUGUUGAAACCUCGACUUUUUUGUGUGCCAGUACAUUAAUCGGAAUUGGGUAUUGGACUAUUGAGACUUAUAUGGUGUUUUUGAUUUGUGGAAAGGAUAUUUGGUAAAAUAUGAGAACUAUGUCGGUACCUCGACGAAAAAUAUCAGUGUCUUCGAAACAGAAACCAUUGCGGAUUGCUAUCCUUGGUCAAAAUGGGGUCGGGAAAUCGGCCCUUACAGUGCGUUUCAUCACCCGGCGGUUCAUAGGGGAAUACGAUCCAGAUUUAGAAAAAGUUUACGCCUGUUCACGAUGCAUAGAUGGUGACACUGUGACUCUCGAACUAUUGGAUACUGCCGCACAGGAGGAGAAAUGUCGUUUAGAAGAUCAUAUCAAAUGGGCGGAGGCUUAUAUCCUUAUGUAUUCUGUGACGGACCGGUGUAGCUUUAGUGAAGUGAGUAGGCUGAAAUUCCUCAUCAAUUCCUAUAGCAAGAAACAACGCAAAAGUGUUACGUCACCAGAUUCUGUUAUGAUGUCAACACCAGUGGUUCUAGUGGCCAAUCAGAUUGACAGAAUUCAUGACAGGAUGGUGACACAGGAUGAAGGAUUUCAACGAUCUCUAGAGCUUGGCUGUUUAUCUUUCUAUGAAAUUUCUGUCAGGGAAAACGUGGACUCCGUUUCCAAUAUAUUCGAAGACAUUUAUCUCAUGUGCCGGAAACCGCGCAAAUGUCGUCAACAGCUCUGCAAACAGUUGUCGUUACCAGCCUUUAUAAACGAAGAUAAACCGGAAGAGACUUUUGACCCGUCUUCUUUGAACAGACGACGAAAAGCUAUCUUUACUGUGAGCUAAUUACGACCAUUCUGAUAGUAUGUGUAACACGCACUGAUGGGUGCAUGAAGUGUUUGCAAGACGUCUAUGAUGAACCGCGUAAUAAAAAGCGUAUCUGUGAUAUUUCAUAACUAAUAAUUAAUGUUAGGAAAUUUAUUUUAUGCAGGUGGUUUUAUGUAUUCCAAACGAAAGAAGCAAUACGUGACUACUUGUUCAUUGGUACAUUUCUGUUGUUUGUUUUACUUUCAAUGUUAUUGAGGAUGUUCCACAUAUUAAAUCGUGAAAACAGA